UAAUUCGAACAAAAUCCGAUUUCUGUAGAUAUUGUCAAGUUUAAAAGGACUACUUAUCCCACAAAGCUCCGUUGAGGUUUUAAUUUGAAAGAGCUCAUUAAAGACGUGAUAACUGCCUUGUAAAACUGCACUGCCAAAUUAACGAGCCACGAGUGUCUGGGGAAUAUCUUCUUCAUCGAGUUUACCACGUCGGCACCAACCAAAUYUCAUCACUUUUAAGGAAGUGAUUCCACUAACUACAGCAUUUCUACAAAUUAUCGUUCACAAAGACCAAAUUAUUCUAUAAAUUUCCCGGCCUUACAGCUGCAAGAACGUAUGUAAAGAGUCCAGUUGGCUUUAUAGUGGUCUGUUGCUGACAAGUAUAAAAAAAAGUUGGUAAAUAUAGUUUGCCUGUCUUAUGGAACAACACUGAACAAGUGAAGACUGAAUAACGGAUGAUAAUCAGAAGAUUUUUUCCCUAAUUCUGUUUGGCAACGAAUUAUAAAGAAUUUGCUGGUUAAUAAGUCAGGAUUCAGGUUUAAGAAGAACUUUUAGUUURAAAACGUGAAAGUUUUUACAAUAUAAAACUGAGGGAUGUUUGGACUAAGAAUUACCGGCUGACACUAAACUACCUCGUUAACAAGGCCAAUGAAAAGUUCUACUUAUUGAAGAAGACUGUCAAUAAAUGCAGAUUUGACAAAGGACGAGGCCGUUUUUUGAUGCAUUGUUAACUAGAGGUUCUUGGAAGUUUUGCCCGAGUUUAAAGCUUAAAAGCACUUGUUAUAAACAAGGUUACGGCGAAUUAUAUCUUUGGUGAGUGGAACUGAAGACUGAAGAUCUUUCUCGACGAUAUUCAAAAAAAACCUUGAUAAACAUGACAUUUCCCGAUAAAACCACCACMAUUGCUCUCACCGUUGUKAACGCCAUAUURUGCAUUUGUGGAACAGUAGAAAACUUGCUGGUCUGUGUGGUUAUCYUGAGAAAUGAAGAGCUUCAAAACGGUCUUGAUCUUCUCAUAGGAAACUUGUGCUUUGCCGACCUUGCAGUAUGUACUCUAGCACAGCCAAUGUACGUUUUUUACCUCAAUAAGUACAUUCCRCCCGARUCAUCACAGGAAAUGGCGUUCUUGUACCUUAGCAUUACCACAAUGCAUGCAGUWGCAUUAAAUCUUCUUUGCAUUGCAAUCAAUCGCAUGCUMGCCAUCACGAAUCCCUUCACAAAUACAUUCAUCUUUUCCAAGUUCAAGAUCCUAAUGGUGAUCUGUUUCAUUUGGAUAUCCUCGAUCUGUAUGGCUGUGAUUGUUCUCAGUGAAACUGAAGCUGCAAUUUACAUUUCCCAGUACUCUCAUGUUCUCAUUAUUCUUGCCUUUCUAUCAUGCUAUGUUAGGAUUUUUUGGAUCGCAAGAAAACAACAAAGACAGAUCAACAUUCAAAUGCAGUCCGUCAUCCAUAAUCAUCGUCAGGUACGAUUACAGAAGACCAACCGAGCGACAAAGACAACCCUYCUGAUAGUGAUUUCUUUAAUGGUGUGUUUUGUACCGGACACAGUGUUCGACUUUUAUCCAUAUCCUUGGACAGAUAUCAAYGACGUGAGAAAAAACUGGCUUUUUACCCUGCUGUUUUUCAGUUGCUCAUUGAAUCCGUUAAUAUACAUGUGGAGAACGGACGCUUUCAAGACUGCAGCGAAAAGAACGUUUCGAAUACCAGGAAUUAGCAUGGCGACUGCAUCUGUUACUUAUUCAGGAUCWACAUGAGGACUUACAUUGUUUCCAGAUUGUAUAAUGAAACUAAACGAGAAAUGUUUUAUAGUAUAAUUUGUAAAUAAUAUAUAUCUAUGCUAUAUUAAAUUUGAUUAAUAAAUAGCCUGUAAAU